AAACAAUCAUUGGAGGGUGUUGAAAAAAUGCGAGAAGUCCUAAAGGUCACUGAUGUACCCCAUCCAUCUGAUCUUAAAGAUCUUACAAAUAGGAUUCAGGGUGAAAGCUUUGUGAAGUCAGAUUUAGUUGAAGCUGAAAAUGAAAUGAAUUUCGAUGCGACGGAACCAAAUCCUUUUAUUUUAUUUGACCCUACAAAUUUUAUUGCCUGUUCUCCAAAUUCCACAGCUCAAGGUCCUCUCUUGCAACCUCUGGAAAUCUCACCAACAGUUUCUGCCCGAGUGAAUGGGUUAUGGUUCAGUGAAAAUAUCCGUCAGAAGCCUUUUACCAAGACAAUAGAUUGUCUUGCUGCACGGAAGAUUGUUGAAGACAUGAAAACAAUUUCUGCAGAGAUUAAAAGUAAUGUUAUGAAGAAGAUCUUGAAUGGAGAACCUGUUUAUGAAGUACAAAGUCCAAAGGGAUUUUUUAUGUCUGUUCAGAAAAAACUUGGGACAGAGAUGAGUGACUAUACCAUAACUCAAGGAGAUGCUGCAUAUUUUCUUCCAGACUCGUGUGAUGUAUUUCAUAGUGCUUUGGACUGCAAUAAAUUGAAUGAAACUGUUAUUGGAUUUUCAGCAGUCAAGUGGUCUGGAGUUCUGGAAUCGUAUGGUAGAAAUGCCAACAAAGUUAGCCGGGGUUCAUCCACAGUUCAGAUUGAAACAUCCUCGACAGACAAUCAGAAUGCUACAGAGUUGAAUGUUACAGACACAUUACAGCCAGUUGAGAUGUGCAUUCCUCAAAGAGGUAUUAGUAACCGUCCAAGUUCCUCCCUCCGAGAAGAAAUAAACACUCAGAAUGCAUCUCCUGAAAAUCUUAUUUUUUACCACAAUGUGACCCUUGUAACAGCAGAAACCUCUGUCAGCAUUGAUAUAGUACCAAGUAAUCCAGAUGCAGCUCUAAUAGUGCUAGUUAAGUAUGGAAAGAGGCCAAGACUUCACGACUAUGACUUCAUCACUCGGAUUCAGGAUAUGCUUGAAUAUGAUGGAGUUUACAACCUGUUUUUGUCCCAGUUCAACCAAUCUGAGGGAGGUCAAAGAUUCUUUUUGGGUAUAGCUCACCUAGCGGAUCACAUCGAUCCACUAGAGUUCUUCAACGAUCCCUUUCGUCAUAACCUGACAAUGGACGACAUUAGCACUAACUUCACCUCAAACUAUUCUAUUGCUGUAUACACAUCAGCUUGCCUGUAUUUUGAAGAAAGUACCGAAACGUGGAAAGGCGAUGGUUGCCAUGUAACAUCAAUGGACGUAAAUCGUACCUGCUGUCAGUGUAACCACUUAACUAGCUUUGGAAGCGGUUUUUUUGUUGCUCCCAACACUGUUGACUUUGAUUAUGUGUUUGCUAAUGCCAACUUUGCUGAUAACCUUACCAUCUAUAUCACGCUGAUCGUCACAUUUUCCAUCUACAUCAUCCUGAUGAUUUGGGCACAUUGGAAGGAUAAGAAAGAUGUAGAGAAGCUUGGUGCAGCUCCACUCCCGGAUAAUGAUGUCUGUGACAAAUAUUUGUAUGAGAUCAUGGUUUUCGCGGGUCAUCAAAAUAAUGCAGGGACAAAAACAAAG